UGUGUGUGGGGGAGAGAGGGGGGCUGUGGGGAGGGGGCAGGAAAGCGCUGUUGACUUCACUGAUUUUCCCCCUGGGCUCAGAUUAACGUGUCUAUCUUUGGCCUUCCACCUGGUUUACAUGUUUGAGAUGUUUAUUUUUUAGUCUUGAAUCGAGACACUCAGCUCGAACGACACACACCACCUGGACCCGGCCGCUUCACCAGGCCCCGAGUCCGUUCCGGUGCCGCCGGAGGGUGUCGGCCCCGACUGGGCUGCUAAGCACCCUGGCCACGCAGUCAGAAGUCGUGGCUUUAAGCCUCGUGUUAAAGGCGCUUUGGACUCACAGACGAGGCUGACAGUCCGAUACGGUGCUGAUGGACCACCGCGCCCGACCCUGUACUUGCUGGCUCCCAACAGAUCAAUUUCACCAUCCUCAUGUUUGCCUGCAUUUGUAAUAUAGAGAAAUGGGUCUAAGAGCACCACAAGCGGGAACACAAAGACGUUGGAGUGAAGUCAAUACAUGAAGUCAAUACAUUAAGUCAAUAAGAUCAGUCAUAGAGCAGAUAUCAUGGUGUUUCCUAUGCAUUCUGCUGACAUUGAGAGUUGUGAAGUUAAUGACAGCAUGUGCAGGUCAAGAUUGCAAACAUGUAGAAAAUCUCUUUGCUUUUCGGAAAACUCCCAGGACCAUGCCUACAACUUCUCUUGUGAAAUUCAGUCAAGAUAACUACCGAACAGAGGAGCAGAGAUUUCGACGGAGACGUGGGCCUCUUGAACAUGAGGGAAAAGCGGGGAACUGGACACACGGUGUUCUUCUUGGUGGACGUUGUUGCCAGAAUGGGGGCACUUGUGUGCUCGGCAGUUUUUGUGUGUGUCCUAAAGCUUUCAGUGGUAGACACUGCCAAUACAACCAUCUCAACAGAGACUGUAACUCCAUACAACAUGGAGAGUGGGCUCGCAAGAACUGCACCUGGUGUAAAUGUAACUAUGGGACAUUCCAUUGCCUCCGAGGAUUGCUGGAAAACUGUGAUCCAGCCCAGGAUAAGGAACUGGGAUAUAUAUUAACAUCUGGGUGCAGUUUGGAAUUCUCUCUCCACCCCACAUGCCUGCUGGUGCCCUUGAUGAUCAAUAUCUGUGCAAGAAUGAUGCAGCUGAAUUACUGAGGCAGUUUUAAAAAUAUAUAUUUUAACAACUUGAACGCAUUUGAGAACCGUAUUGGUGAUGGAUUGUCACUAGAGACCAAACACACUAUUAGCUAUAUAAAUGUGAUUGACCAUGUCGCUAAACCCAAUUUUGCUUUUAACAUUAAACCCAUUUGUAAAACAAA